GUCCACGUGUCUGCAGUUCCCGGUCUGACCACACGAGGGCGCCGCCGAGAGGCUGCUGCUGAACUUUGUACAUGUAGUAAAUGGGCGUGUUCGGCUCCGAGCGCCUAAACCAGCGAGGACGGACAGAACAUGGGCUGCAGGCUGACACGAUCUGAGCUCAUCUGAGCCUUGAGGCUGUGAAUCAGGAGGAGAUGGAGGACUUCUGGGCCGGGGUCCUUUGGGCCCUGAAGAUCUGGCUGUACCUCAUCGUCUGCCUCAUCAUGUUCCCAGCCAUGUUCGGGUUCUCUUUGGGCAUCUCAGAGACCUACAUGACCAUCCUGGUCAAAACAUUGGAGUGGGCCACUUUGAAGAUACAGAAGGCGCAUGCAGACGAGCAAGCACUCAAAGCUUCUGCUAGUAAUGGUCUCAUCCAGAGGGAGGAUGGCUCUAUGGAAAAAGAGUUGGGGGAGCUUAGACGGUCCAGACCCAAACCCCCAGUGGGGGGGGACUUCACACUCAGCGACUCCUUCUAUUUCACGCGGCGUGGAAUCGAGAGUAUUGUAGAGGAUGAGGUGACCCAGCGGUUCUCCUCUGAAGAGCUGGUGUCCUGGAACUUACUGACUCGCACCAACAAUGAUUUCCAGUACAUAAGUCUGCGGCUGACGCUGGUCUAUGGCCUCGGUAUCUUUGUGAGAUACUGCAUACUUGCACCGCUCAGGAUAACUCUGGCUUGCAUUGGCCUGACCUGGUUAGUUAUCGGAACAUCAGCGGUGGGAUUACUUCCUGACUGGAGGAUAAAGUCUUGGAUCAGUGAGUGGGUCCACGUCAUGUGCUACAGAAUCUGUGCCCGAGGACUUUCUGCUACCAUUCAUUAUCAUAACAGAGAGAACAAACCUAAAAAAGGAGGGAUCUGUGUUGCCAAUCACACCAGUCCCAUCGACAUAGUCAUACUUUGUAACGAUGGCUGUUAUGCGAUGGUAGGUCAGGUCCAUGGAGGCCUGAUGGGGGUUGUUCAGAGAGCUAUGGUGCGGUCGUGUCCUCACGUCUGGUUUGAGCGAGCAGAGAUGAAAGAUCGCCAUCUAGUGACCAAAAGGUUGAGAGAUCAUGUGAACGACAAGAGAAAGCUCCCCAUAUUGAUUUUCCCAGAAGGAACCUGCAUCAACAACACGUCCGUCAUGAUGUUCAAAAAGGGAAGUUUUGAGAUUGGAGGAACAAUAUAUCCUGUAGCUAUUAAGUAUGAUCCAAAAUUUGGGGAUGCUUUCUGGAAUAGCUCCAAGUACAGCAUGGUGAGCUACCUGUUGAGGAUGAUGACUAGCUGGGCUCUCGUCUGCAACGUGUGGUACCUGCCCCCCAUGCACCAGAAGGAGGGAGAGGACGCCGUCCAGUUUGCAAACAGAGUAAAAUCUGCCAUCGCUCAUCAGGGAGGACUUGUGGAUCUGCAGUGGGAUGGAGGCCUGAAGAGGGCAAAGGUGAAGGAGUCCUUUAAAGAGCAGGAGCAGAAGAAGUACAGCAGCAUGGUGGUGGGAGAGGACAGCAGCAGCAGCGACUGACCUCCUCCGUCUACCGGAGAACAUGAGGACGAGGGGGGGGGCAAACGGACUUUGACAGACACUGAAAACUACCGUCUGAAAGGAGAAGAGUCUCAGCGAUACAGAUGACACACGUGCAAUACUCGACACUGUUAAAGCAGGGAUAACAAAGGUUUUUAUUGCUGCUUCUUGAUAUGGCUGCUGUUUAAUGUAAUGUUGCUCUGGAUGACAGAUGUUGUUAAAAAGAACAAAAUGCCUAAA